AUGACUUUACUAUACAAGAAAUGUCCUUUAUCAGGAUCAAAACAGGAAGAAACACAACAUGUGAUCAAAGACCACGGACAUAAACCAACCAAUAAAAAGAAAACAAAAACUUACUCUUGUGCUUACUGUGAAUAUACGACUGUGAAAAAUCAUAAUUUACAAAAGCACAUCUAUCACAAACAUGCAGAACAAAAUAAGUUAGAAAAUAAAGUGGCUAUAAAGUUAACAACUUACUCUUGUGUGUACUGUGACUUCACAACAGUUGGAAGUGACAAGUUGAACAAACACAUUUAUAGCAGACACAGAGAACAAAAUUUGUUGGAAAAUAAAGUAGCAAUAAAAAUAAAAAAUUACACUUGCGUGUAUUGUAAAUUUAAAACGGUGGAAAAUCGAAAACUACAAAACCACAUCUACAGCAAACAUAAAGAACAAAACGAGUUGGAAAAUAAAGUGGAAUUUAAAUUAAAAACUUACUCUUGUGUGUACUGUGACUUUUCAACAGUGGAAAACCAAAGGUUGCAAAACCACAUGUAUUGCAAACACAAAGAACAAAAUAAGCUAGAAAAAAAAGUACAACUACAAAUAAAAAAUUACUCUUGUGUGUACUGUGACUAUACGACAUUACAAAACUGUAAAUUACAAAUUCACAUCUACAACAAACAUAAGGAACAAAAUGAUCAAGAAAAUAAAGUCGAUAUAAAGUUAAAAACUCACUCUUGCGUGUACUGUGACUUCUCAACAUUCGGAAAACAAAGGCUGCAAAACCACAUAUACAACAAACAUAAGGAACAAAAUGUUUUGGAAAAUAAAGUGGCGAUAAAAGUUCACUCUUGUGUUUACUGUGACUUCACUUCAGCGGAAAAUAAAAGAUUGCAAUACCACAUAUAUAACAAACAUAAAGAACAAAAUGACGUAGAAAAUAAAGUGCAAAUAAAAGUGAAAACUUACUCUUGUGCGUUCUGUGACUAUACAGCAGUGGAAAAUAAAAGGUUGCAAAACCACAUAUAUAAAAAACAUAAAGGGGACAGUUAUAAAAAAUCAGCUAUAUGCGGUUACGACAGAUGUUUUGUCUCAGGACCAGUGUACAAAGUAACCCAACACAUGAUAAAAGACCACGGACAUAAACUACAAAAACUAAAAAGUUACUCUUGUGUGUACUGUGACUUUACAACGGUGAAGGACCGUAACUUACAAAUGCACAUUUAUACCAAGCAUAAAGAACAAAAUGACUUGGAAAACAAAGCGACAAUAAAUAUAAAAACUUACUCUUGUGUGUACUGUGACUUUACAACGGUGGAAGCCCAAAGGUUGCAAAACCACAUCUUUAGAAAGCAUAGGGAACAGAAUGAGUUGGAAAAUAAAGUCGCGAUAAAAGUUAAAACUUACUCUUGUGUGUACUGUGACUUUUCAACGGUGGAAAACCGAAAUUUGCAAAACCACAUCUAUAGGAAACAUAAGGAACAAAAUGAGUUGGAAAAUAAAGUCGCAAUACAAGUAAAACCUUAUUCUUGUGUGUACUGUGACUUUACAACAAUAAAAACGGGGUUGUUACAAAACCACAUCUACAGCAACCACAGAGAGCAAAAUGAGUUGGAAAAUAAAGUACCGUUACAUAUAAAAACUUACUCCUGUGCGUACUGUGACUUUACAACAGCUAGAAAUGGGUUUUUACAAAACCACAUUUAUGACAAACAUAGAGAACAAAAUGAGUUGGAAAAUAGGGUGAAAUUAACAAUAAAAACCUACUCUUGUGUGUACUGUGGCUACAGAACUAGGGAAAACGCUUCAUUACAGAAACACAUGUAUAGCAAACAUAAAGAACAGAAUGAGUUGGCAAAGAAAGUGGCAAUAAAAGUAAAAACUCAAUCUUGUGUGUACUGUGACUUUACGACAGUAAAAACCCGAAAUUUGCAAAUGCACUAUUAUAACAAACAUAAAGAACAAAAUGAUUUGGAAAAUAAGGUGGAAAUAAAAAUAAAAUCUUACUCUUGUAUGUUUUGUCCAGAAUACGACCAUAAACAAAAACUAACCUAUAAAACUCAAUCUGUGAGGGAUUAUUCUUGCAUGUACUGUGACUUCGCAACAAUAAACAAUCGAAAGUUACAAAACCACAUCUAUAGAAAACAUAAAGAACAAAAUGAUUUGGAAAAAAAAGUAUCACUAAAAAUAAAAACAUUCUCUUGUGUGUACUGUGACUUUUCAACAGUGGAAAACCAAAGAUUGCAAAACCACAUUUAUGGCAAACAUAAAGAACAAAAUAAGUUGGAAAAAAAAGUACCAAUACAAAUUAAAACUUACUCGUGCGUGUACUGUGACUAUACAUCCGUAGAAAACUGUAAAUUACAAAUCCACAUCUACAAAAAACAUAAAGAGCAAAAUGAUCUAGAAAAUAAAGUCGAUAUAAAGCUAAAAGUUCACUAUUGCGUGUACUGUGACUUCACAACACUGGAAAAACAAAGGCUGCAAAACCACAUAUACCACAAACAUAAAGAACAAAAUGAUUUGGAAAAAAGAGUGGCAAUAAAAACGUACUCUUGUGUUUACUGUGCCUUUACCUCAGCGGAAAAUAAAAGUUUGCAAACCCAUAUUUACAGCAAACAUAAGGAACAAAAUGACUUGGAGAAUAAAGUAAAAAUAAAAGUUAAAACUUUCUCUUGUGCGUUCUGCGACUUCACAACAGUGAAAAAUAAAAGGUUGCAAGACCACAUAUAUAGCAAACACAAAGAGGAAAAUUAG